UUUGUGAACACUUUGGACAAUCUGAAAUGACAAAAAGUAAAGAUCCAAAAAAAGAGACAACAACUAAGCGGAUUGGAUGUACGUGGCAAAUAAAUCUGUCGUGUCCUGAGAAAGAAAAUCCUAACAAAAUUGUAUAUAUUGCAAAAUUAGUUAAUGAAUAUAAAAAUCAUGAUUUUAACCAAGCUCGCUACAACUUUCAGGAAAAUAUAGCAUUCACAAAGGAGAUAACUAAUGAUAUUGAAUUCUUUGUAACAAAGAUGAAUUGUAGCCCCAACAAAUUCGAUCAGACAAAUGAUGCUAGUAAAUUGUAUCAAGAAUUGUUGAAUAAGAAAGAAGCUGAUUCCCGAUA